UGGGGUGAGGGAGAGGUGUCAUAGAAGGCUUAUCUGUAUGGAAACCACAGGGAAGUGAUCACCCAUAAACCAUAUUUCAAAUCCAGAGUGUGCGGUUAUCAAGGUUUUGCUGUCUAGGUGAAUCCAAAGCAAAGCAAACUGUCACUUGCUGUGUAUUUCUGUAAGCGCCUUAUUAUACACCGACUUCCCUGCAGACUAAGUGCAAAGCCUAUGUUGUGUCUCUUCUGUGGAUAAACAGAGACUGUCUGCAUCCAGGCUUAUUUCACCAAUAUAAGCAUUAGCUGGUGUGGCAAACAAAUUAAAAAAUAUAUAUUCCUAUAACAUAUGAUUUAUGCAUCUUAUUGACAGAAAUGGUUGUUGCUUUCGAAGUGUGAUUGAUUUCUGAUGACAGAAUGGCUAAAAUAAAGACCAGAGAAUCAAAAGCUUCAACAAGCAUCCCCACCGCUAAACCUGAGAAUCUAAAAAAACAGCACAGGAACAACAAGAACAAAAUAUUCUGGAAAAACAAAGUCAAGCAGAUCGGAAAGAAAAAACAAAAGGACACCAAAGUUGUGGGAGUGCUGCCCCCAAAAGCUCCUCAGGAGUUCUCCUCUAACUGGAAGACCCUGCAAGAGCUGCUGAAACAAAAGGCCACCAGCUUGGAUAAGUCCCUUCCUGUAUCCCAAACAUAUUCCAAGAAGCACACGACCAAAAAGGGAAACGUCAAAGGAAUUCCAGCUAUAAAUGGAGGCGGGAAUAUGGGAAAAUUCAAAUCUGUAAACAAGAUGGACAGUGAUCCUGCCAAAGUUUGUGUUCCUUUGGCUAUCCCGAAAUCAGAGAGAACUGCAUGUGACAAGAAUUCGAGUGAUGGCAAGGGAAACAGAAAGGAGCACAAGAAAAGAAAAAAUGGCAAUAUUGAGAAGGAACAAGGUGACAUAAAACAUAAGAGGAGGAAAGCUGAAGAGCACACAGAGCAGCCGCUAGCAGAGGCCGACAUCUGGUUUGAUGGUGUAGAUCCAGAGGAUAUUGAAGCAGCAAUAGGACCUGAAGCAGCAAAAGUUGCUAGAAGAAAUAUGGGAAUUGAAGAAGGCAAAUCACCGCUAUCUAUGGAACAGGUGCUGGUUAAAGAAAAGGCUUUUGCAGGGCUGACAAAAGCUGUAGCCAUGGACUGUGAGAUGGUGGGAGUGGGGCCGCAGGGUGAAGACAGCAUCCUGGCUCGUGUAUCCAUUGUGAACCAAUUUGGAAAGUGUAUUUAUGACAAAUAUGUCAAGCCUACAGAAAAAGUGACCGAUUACAGGACAGCUGUUAGCGGCAUACGGCCCAAGGACAUAAAGAAAGGAGCGGAGUUUAAAAGUGUUCAGAAGGAGGUGGCUGACAUCUUGAGAGGAAGGAUUUUAGUUGGGCAUGCUGUCCACAAUGACUUAAAGAUCCUGUUUCUUGAUCAUCCUAAAAAGAAAAUUCGGGACACACAAAGAUACAAGCCUUUCAGAAAGGAAGUCAAAAGUGGACGUCCAUCUCUAAAACUGCUUUGUGAGAAACUGCUGAAUGUGAAAGUGCAGACAUCGGAGCACUGUUCAAUUCAGGAUGCGCAGGCAGCUAUGAGACUAUACACACUAGUGAAAAAGCAGUGGGAAGCAGCUAUCAAAGCCAAACCUAAACUAUAGAAAAAUAAAUUCUAAAACGUCAACUAUUCUAUCCUGUCAUUUUCUGCUGUGCAGUAUUUACUAGAUUCAAAUGGUGACUAGAUUCCUAUGACACUGUAUGAUGGCUUUUUUCUCUUGCCAACUGUAUUAUCCUUGAAUCAGUCAUGCAUAAUAAACUAAUAGCUGUGAACAGUCCAUUAUAAGGAAUCAUAUGUCUGUUCACGAACUUCUGAGGUAGAGCUAAUCCUGAAAAGAAACUGUUAUGCUCCAAAUAAAUAAUCCAUGGACUAAAAGCUCAAUAAAUACAUAAAGCUCACUUAACUCCAAGACUGUAGACCUUAGUAUGAUUUUUAUUAAUCUUUUAGGAAAGUAUACUAUACAUUAAAUGUAGUUCAAAAAUCCACAAAGUAAGACAGGUUCUGAAAAUAACACUGCUGUCAGACUCUCAAUAUUGUCAGUAGUCAAAGUGGUUCUUUGUAAAGAAUACAAUGGAAUAUGUUCAAGCAGAUGAUGUCUAUAUAAUACAGGCAGUAUCUCCUUCUGGGGAGAAAAAUCUUUUUAAAAUACUUCUGAAGGAAUCAAGCAUUUCUACCUGAAUCAGAAGACUUCAAGCCUUGUAUAUAUAGAACAGCUUUUACCUUACUUCUGCAGUUUCAAAAGUGCUGAAUCCACAAGGGUAAUUAUCUCCUGGGGAGAAAUGUGAAAACUGUUAAAUACAAGUUUACCCUGGUUUUUACUUUACAGUGUAAAGAGACAAUUAAUAACUAUGGUACAAAAAUCUAUUCUGUAUUUAAUAUAUGUCCUUUUAUAGGAGUUCAGACAGUAUAUCUCAUUUGCAUUUUGGGGGUCUCAAUAACUUAUUUCAAUAUUUUUAGCAAACAUGUGGCCUAAUUUGGACACUUUACUCUCACCCGUAAUUCCUUUGUACUACAGGAUUGGCUCCUAAAACUAUAAAAUUUACAUAAUCUGUCUAAAAAUAAAAAAAGGACCUCUCUUAGGUUUUAUACUAAAAGAAUUGUUAUUUUUUCAGUGGUAUUUCACAUGUGUAAUGUGUUGUUGUUUUUUUUAUGGGAAUGGGAAUGAUAGCUAGAAAAACAUUGUGGAAAGUAGUGACUUUGUACUAUGAGGCAAACAUUCUGGAGGAGGAGAACUAUGAGCAAAUUAAAUUUAAGGGUAGAGGCUCUGACUAUCGGUUUUGGUUGUUUGUUUUUUUAAAUAACUGCUACAUGCUUGAUGGCAAACUACUCUAUGUUAAUAACUUGGUGGUUUAAGAGUGUAGGUCGCUCUAGUGCUGGAAAAACAAAGGUGGGAAUUAUUUUGCUGUUUAAUUAAUUAAACAUAAAGUAAUUCCCCAGGACAGCAAGCCCACGCAAUUAAGUGGCUUGGGCUUUUUAGGGUUAUUUAAUAGAUCAAUAAAUCCCUCUCUGCUUUGAAAUAUAGUUGUCUUGUUCCUAUAUACUUUAACCUGUAUUUCUGGUAUGAAAAAUGUAAUAAAAAAUAUAUGCAGGCUAAUGCUGGAUGAAGCGGGAAUAGUGUCAAACUUACAUUUAAUUGAUUUAAGAGUAUCUUCAGCAUGAAGUUAGAUAAACUAUACUCCACCUGCUUAUUUUUUUAGUACACUUAGAAAUAUUCUGAGUCCCCAGCCUCCAGAGUACCCUGCACCCUGAAUCCACACUAAGCCCCUACCCCCACAAAUUCCUGCACUAUUAUCUUCCUCUGGAUAAGAUGGAUGCCUGGCAUCUCCAGACAACUCCAAAUGAUUGAUGUUUGUGCAAGCCGUAGCCAAGAAAUAAAACCAUUUGUACAAAU